UUUGGAUAACGAUUCUAAUUUAGCUCAUUUCCACCACAAUCCUCCCCCAAAACCGUUUGCUCAACAAUAAUAAUUUUAAAGAUAACAAUAUUAUUACUAUAAUAAUAAUAAUAAUAUAAUCAUAAAACAUCGUAAAUCACAUCGUUAUAUUUUAUAACCGUAAUAACAGCAUUUAUACUGCCAUCAUCGUCACCACUGCCGAGGUCGUCUCCGUCAACGAAAACGACGGUGACGCGGACCAACUCCAGCACCGCCGUUGCCGCAAUCGUCGUUCGAUCGACGACAGAUUCGUGCGGACGGUACAUGAACUUACACACGUACAUCCGUGCGCGCGCAUAAACGCGCAUAAACGCGCAUACACAAACACACGCACACGCACAAGCACACGCAUACACCCACACACGCACCUGACGCCGAGCACCACACGCCACUCGCACACGCACGUUACACAUAAGCGGUCGACGGCCGUCGCGCGAUAUCCGACUCAGUCGACCGACGCAGUUUGCACCGGUACCAUCACCGCCGCCGCGACCGUCUAUCAUCGUCGAAAGUUAACCCCGCCGGAAGACACGCGGCCGCACAAUGUCCGUCGUCCACUGGUCUGCCACGUUUAGAUGCAUUUUGUUUACAGCAGCAAUCAUGGUAUUUGAUCAUAUUCUUGUCUCUCCGAUAGAUGCCCUACAAAUUAAUGAACAAAAUUACACAAAACGCUCCCCUAUUACAACAUUUCAAAAAGUGAAACGUUUACCGGACGAAAGCUCACUAGAUCCCAUGUCGAAUGCAAACGAUGAAACUCAGAGGUCGGUCCGAAAAAGCGCUGUUUUGUACAAUAAAGUUGACACAAAAACAACGACUCAACCCAGUAAUAUUGUUGCUUCACUUUUCCGAUUAAACGAGGAAGAAGGUAACACGUGUAUUUUGUUGAGAGUAGAUGCUGUUAUAGAAGUUAAGUUCAAAACUAAACUUGGUUCUGAAGACCAAACUGAUCUAUAUGUUCCUGACGAUGCAGAAGUAACUGGUGAUUGCAGUAAUGAAGAUGAUGCGACAUUAAUACUCAAAUGGAAAAAUUUUGUUUUUACUUGGUACUUCACAAAGACUCUUGGAGGAGAAAGAUGGUUUGUCAAGGCAUUGGAACUUGAGAUAAACACAGCUGAUAAACAUUUCGACCAUAUUAAAACCAAAGAUAAAAUAGUGCGUUUGUCAACAGUAUCCAGUUAUGGUACACUGCUAUUUAUGACACCAGUGGGACAGUCAUAUUCUUGUCAAAAAGAAAUUAGUGUGGUAUUGAGUGACCAAAACGUACCUACGAUGAAAGGAUACGUAUUGCUCCGAGCAUUUACUGUGCAGCCGUUCAUAUUUAAAAAUAAUGAAUUUGGACCAGCUUACCAGUGUUCGUCGAUCGGUGCUGGUGCCAUGCGAAACGAAACAGUACCGUUCAUAUUCGGAAUCACUUUAGCCGCCGUCGCCGUACUAACGGUUGGAGGGUAUGCGGUUUUCAGACACUUUAAAAUCAAGAAAGUUCAGUACGAUACGAUGGAAUAAAUAAUUGAAAUCAUGAGAAUAUUAUAUUAUGUGCUAACCAACUGGGGUUUUUGUUUAAAUUAUAAAUCAUAUCGUUUUUUAAUAUUUUGAUCGACACAGCAAUAAUCGCAUAGACGACAUUUUUAUUUUAUGAUAUAGUUUAUAUAAUAUAAUUAGGCUAUUACUCGAUCGAUACUUCAACAACACAUUUUGUGUAUAUUUUUUUCUUUGUAGAAUUUCUGAUACGGCUGAUUUUUAAAAGAAUAUCUAACUUACAUCUUUAUUUUAUGGGUAAAUUAUAGACACAUAUUUGAUAGCUGUAAGUAUGUAUCGGUAUUACAAACUUGAAUAAUUUGCAUAAAUUACUAUUGUUAUUUUUUUUUUUCAUUUUAUUGGUACCUAAUCAAUUUAUAAUAGAAAUUUACCAGAUUUAGAUUUUUUUUUGAAAAUCUUUAAUUUUGUCUUAUAACAUCAGGACAAAAAUUUAACCUGAGUCUAGAUGAUUCAAUAUCUGGUCAAGUUCAAACAUUAAUCUAUACAUAUAAAACUAAAAAUAAUACACUUAAGAAGUAGUUCAUGACUGAAUUAUUGUUUCAUAUUUAUUAAAAAAUUGUAUUUCUAUCAUUGUGUUUUACACAUAAUAUAUUUAAUCUUAAUAUUAAAUAGUUAGCUAUACUCGUACACAAUAAUUAUUUAAUGUUUAAACACAUACAAAUGUCUCAUAAGUAUCAUAUAAUCUUAUUACAGAGUUAAUUUUUUACUAUUCUACUUUGAACUUAAUUUAAAUUGAUAUUAAACAUUUUUUUUUAAAUUUAUAUAUUACAAUACCUACUGUAUUAUGUUCAAUAAUAUGUCUUAUUACAGUUGAUGAAGUAUAUCCAUGCUAUAUAAAUAACUACCAAUAGUGUAAAAUGUGAAUUAAUAAGCAAUUUUUAAUUAUUAUAAAUAUGAUUUAGUUUUUAUUUUGUUUGYCGUGUUAAUUUUACUUUGGGCUUACAUUUUUAAUGACUUUGUGCAUAACUUGCAACUGAAACUACUGUUAUUCGGAAUGUCAAUUAUCUUCAUAAUAUGCUUUUGUUUCAAUGAUUUAUAUUGCAUUGAUUUCAUAAAAUAUCUUAAGAUUCACAUAAUGUUGCUGUAAAAGAAAAAAUUAUUCAUAAUUUAACACCUAAUAUUACUUUACCCUUAAUUGGCUGUUCAUUACAAUAUUAAUUACAUUAGAUUAGAAAUAUUAUCAUAGGUAGUUUCCAAAAUGCAUUUUAUGUAUACUACAUUUAUACUAAUUUAAUUCUAGUUUACCAGAUUUCAUUGUUGUAAGCAAUAUUGAUAAAUUUCUAUAAAUUGUCUAUUUUUGAUAGUUAUCAAGUUAAAUGCUUAAUUUUGCAUUUCAAGUUCUAUUUCAUAUUAGAUUUAUCGUCCCUUUUGCUUAUUAUACCUUAGUUUUGCCUUAUUCGAAUGUCACAAUUAAUUGUCUUUUAGUAUUUAACAUUUAUUUAUUGGUAUGAAAAUGUAAACUUAUUUGUAGAAUUCCAUUACUACCUAGUACUCAUUGAAUAUUAUUUGGAUAUUUUCAAAUUUAGAACUAUCGUUAAAACAUACUGUCAUUGUAUUGAAAACAAUAUUGGAAAUGCAAUAUUUUAAUUAGUCUAUUUGAUACAAUUAUCAUUAAUUUUAUUAUUAAGUAUUGUGUACAGUCUAAGGAUAACGCCCAUUAUUAACUUGUUUAACUAUUAAAAUUGCGUACCUAAAUCAUAGUGUAUUUAGUAAAAUCCGUAGUCAUAUAGUGAACUCUAAGGGGCUAUAAGUAAAUAAAAAAUUACUCAACUCACGAUUCUUUUGAAAAAAAAAAAAAAAAAAA